AAAUACAGCCGUCGUAGGUUUCAAUGUUGUCAUAAUAACAACAAUGUUUAUAUGAAGAUAUUAAAAGAAUUUUUAAAUUUUAAAUUAUUGUAAAAAGUGUUAAUUUGUAUUUAUAAUUAUUUAUAUUAAUUAUGAAUUGAAUAUAUAUAAAAAUAUGGUGAACACGUAGUUUAUAUGGAAGGACAGGUGGUAUAUAAAAGAUGCAUCUUGCUGAACAAAGACAAGAGAAAGUGUUUUAUUUAAUUUUUAUACGCGACUACUUAUCAAUAUUUAUAAAUUUACAAACAGUAUUACGAUUAAUAUAGUGAUAAAUUUUAUUGUAAAAUAACAGUUGAUAUUUUUUAAAAUAAUAUAUACUGUAAAUUAACCAGGGUGACGUAAAUAUGAGUCAAGAAUUUAAAAAUGACCCAUUGAGUGCACAAAAUAACUCACAUGGAGGUACUGUAAGUCAUCAAAGUAUAUCUAGAUGUAAAUCAGAACCAGUUAAAAUAAAAGAGUUAAUUAAAAUGUGUGGAAAUUAUGAUGACGAUGAUGAAGAUGAUAAUGAUGACAGUGAAGAAAAAAGUAAACAUUUUGAUGAAGAUGUUGAAGAAUCGGAAUUUGAUGAUUGUCAUAAUUUACCAUCAGAUGAACCUGAGAUGGUUAACGAUCCAGAAUCAAACUAUUGUUUAAAGUCUGAAAGAUUAUCAGAAUCUAAUAAAAAUAUAUAUGAAUCCAAUGUUAAUAAAGUUGAAAAAUUACAAGUUGGUCAUAGUUCACUUAUAAAUUCAAUGGCAAGUGUUCCAGAUUUUAUUCUAACAUCUCAAAGUUCUAGUAUCAAUCGACAAAAUCAUGAUAGAAUCCACCAAGAUUAUAAAUACUCUAAUGAAAAUAAUGAUGAUUUAAAAUUAUCUAAACAAUCGUCUAUCAGCAAUUUAGCAUCAGAUGUAGCUAAAAUAGAAAUUGGUUCAAUAGCUUCAUCAUCUCAUAUUCAAUUAGAUAAUCAAAUUAACAAACAGUCAAGUAUAUUGUCUACAAUAUCACCAGCUCAAAUAUCUGGAGCAACGACAAUCACCAAAUCUGAUUCUAUUCUAUCGAGUUCAACUUACAUGAUUAAACAGCCUAGUUUUAAAUCUGAACCCACCAGUAAUGUUCAUUCUACUCAUGAAAGACAUACUUAUGGUACAACGGGUUAUAAAACAGAACAUAAUUCUACUUUAGAACGUCACUCGACUGCUAAUCAGCCUCAAAAUGUUUCUACAAAUCAUUUAGCAUCAAAAACUCCUUUGAAACAUAAUCCUCCAGUUGGUAGUCAAAGGCCAGUACCAUCUGUAUCACACAGAAAUAUAUUUCAAACACCACAAAAUAAAACAACUGGAGAUUAUGUUAAUUCAUCUCACAUACAAACACCAGCAACUAUUUUUUCACAUUGGUCACAAAAUAAUAUGAUAAAUACACCGUCCCAAAGUAGACUUCUUAAUUCUGGUCAUACUCCAGGACAAUCAAUUGCCACACAACGAGAUUCAAAAUGGUACAGAAAUACUGAAUCUUCAGUAAAAGGAGUAAGAAGACCGUUAACAGAAACAUCAGAUUAUCGAGCACCAGUAAAAAAUUUACAAACACAUGGAAAUAAUCAUGACUUGGAUAAUCAAAAUCGUGAUCAUUUAAAAGCUAUGUCUGAAAAGUCACACGUUCCAUCCAUUAAAGAUCUGAAAGAAAAUAGACAGCCACCAGCGCGGGAAACUCUACCGAGUCGAGCUGAAUCAAAGCCUCAAUUAUCAGAUUACGGUUCUGAAAAACAUCUUAUUGAAACCAGAAGAACAAUGGCAGAACAUAGUUCUGAAACGCCCAUUAUUGAACGAAGAAAUACAACAGGGGAAAAUGUAGCUGAAAAAUAUAAAAUAAAUCAUGCAUCAUGUACUGAGUAUGAAGCUGAAACCCAUCGAAAUGAAUUAAAAAAUACAUUAGCAAAACAAAGUUCAGAUAGUCAAGCGAAUAAGUAUGCAGCAGCUGGGCAUGAAUCUGCUCCAAUUCGAGAAAACUUUAACAAAAAUUCCGAUUCUGUAGAAAAUGUUAAAAUUCAAGUAUCAGUUCCUUCAAGUACAAAAAAAUCUCAGCACGGAAAAACGAUUACUGUUAAAAAUAGAGAAUAUAUGAUUUUAGGUUUCUUGGGUCAAGGAAUGAGUGGAAAUGUUUAUCGUGUACAAGAUCUAAAAUCAUUUGAAUUAAGAGCCAUUAAAGUCGUAGAUCUAUCACGAAUGGACAAAGAAAAUAUGCAAAGUUCAAUACAAGAAAUAAAUAUGCUGUGUAAACUUCAAGCACCUUGUAUUGUACAAAUGUACGAUUAUGAAAUUAUUGGCCAAACGAUCUACGUUGUUUUGGAGAUGGGUGACACAGAUUUAAGUAAAUUUAUAAAAACAAUAUGUGCUGAAAAAAAAUUACCUGUUACAAUGAUACUGUAUUAUUGGACUGAAAUGUUAACUGCUGUCAAGUACAUUCACGAUCAUGGUGUUAUACAUUCAGAUUUAAAACCAGCUAAUUUUUUAUUAGUGCGGGGUAGAUUAAAGCUAAUUGAUUUUGGCAUUGCUUCGACAGUUCAUGGUGAUAUGACAUCAGUUGUAAAAAAUGUAACUGUCGGUACGCUAAAUUACAUAAGCCCUGAAGCAUUGAUGGAUGUCGAUGAUACAUCAAAUCAAAAUAGCAAGUAUAAAAUCAGUUAUAAAUCUGAUGUUUGGUCUCUCGGAUGCAUUUUAUACUCUUUAGUAUACGGGUAUACACCUUUUCAACAUAUACGUCAAAAUUGGGCUAAAAUUGGUGCUAUAACAAAUCCUUCAACUAAAAUAUCAUUUAAAUUACCACCCAAUUCCGAGCCCAUACCUUCUAUUCUAAUAGACGUUAUAAAAAAAUGUUUAACUUACAAUCCAAAAGACAGGCCGUCAGUCGCAGAUUUAAUAAAUCUGCCUUAUAUACCAAUAACAAAUAAUAACAAUUCUUCACCGAACAUUCCAUCAAAUAUUAUAUUAAAAAUAAAACAGUCUUUAGAUGAAAAUGAAUGGCGUCAAUUUAUUGAGCUCAUGGAAAAAAGGAAUGUUUGAAUCAAAAACGUAUCUACGAGCCCGAUUGUAUAUAUAAGAACUUAUCUCUAUGAAUGCUUAAAAAAAUACAAUUAAACGUCGCUAUUUUAUAGAUGAUAAAUUUAUUCCAUCAAUUUUAUACUUAAACUUAAUUUAAUUUAAUAAAAUAAUAUAG